AUGGCCGUCGUGGUAAUGGCGGGAUGUGCGACGAUCAGCCGAAACUUGGCCGUCGCGGUGGCCGCUGAUCCACAGUUUUGCACCGGCGGUUCUCCGGGAGAUCCGACGUGGUACUAUUCCAACGCGGAGAAGGUGAGGGCCGCUUUGGUUAGGAAAACACCGACCACUUCGCUGCGUGCGCACAAUGCAUGGUUUCCGAAUAAGAAAAGGGGCUCGGUUACUGGUUCCGCCACGUGUUAUACCAACGACGCCAACAAAUGCAGAGAUUGUCUGAAGGAUCUUAAAGCCACGCUGGACACCUGCAAGACCACCGCCGGCGGAGCCUUUAAGGCUGACUGCAAUAUGCAGUUCUGGAAGAUCGUUGAUUAG